AUGGCCAGAGCAGCAGCAACCAGUAAAAGGAAGAUGGAGAUGAAGAUGAAGGACUUUUGGAGAUCAUCUGACAACAAGGAAUAUGAUGCCUAUCUGUCUUACACAAAAGUCGAUCCUGACACAUUAGACUGUGAAAACAGGGAGGAAGAACAAUUUGCCCUUGAAAUCUUGCCAGAUGUUCUGGAGAAGCAGUAUGGAUAUAAGCUCUUCAUUCCAGACCGGGACCUGAUUCCUACUGGGACAUAUCUAGAAGAUCUUGCAAGAUGUAUAGAACAAAGCCGCAGGCUUCUUAUUGUCCUCACACCGGAUUAUAUACUCAGACGAGGGUGGAGUAUUUUUGAGAUGGAAAACAGACUCCAUAACAUGCUCAUCAGUGGAGAAAUCAAAGUGAUUUUCAUCGAAUGUCCCGAAUUAAAAGGUAAAGUCAAUUACCAAGAAGUGGAAUCUUUAAAGCACAGCAUUAAACUGUUCUCAGUCAUCAAGUGGAAUGGACCGAAAAGUAGCAAGCUGAAUUCUAAGUUUUGGAAACAUUUGCUCUAUGAGAUGCCGGUAAAGAAAAGAGAAGUUUUGACGCGGCGCCAAGUUCUGGAUUCUGCUGAACAGGGUCUCUUUGGUGAUCUCCAAACAGUGCCUUCCAUUGCCGUGACAGAUACUUCUGCCACUUCAGUUUCAUCUCAGGCAGAUUUGGGAGAUUAUCAGCCAGCCAAUAUGGCACAGAUGAGACAUUACUGCAGAGGAUAUGAGUACAACAUGCAGUCUGCAACGUUGCCACUAGCUGCCAUAAGCAGUAAUCACCACGCUUAUUGUAACAUACCCCUGACGCUUCUCAAUGGACAGCUACCUCUUAACAGCAGCAUGAAAGAUGUUCAAGAAUUUCACAGGAACCCUCCUCUACUCCCCUUGUCAACAAGGGAGCUCAGUUUCACCAGCGAUAUAUGGUAGCAAAGAUCUAAACUUUCUUAGACCGGCUUAACAAUGGGCCAGAAUUCCUUGAAAAACUUUGAACCCAUGUCAUCAGGUGCCAAAAUAUUUUGCCAAGUCACAAGUAACUCACUUUUAUACUUGAACCUCUCUUUGUUUACAUUUACAAAAUUAUUAACAAGGGGGAAGCCUACUUUUUUAGCUGACUUCUAAGUUUCCUGUCUUUUCAUGUACAGUUUUAUUUGUUCUUUAUCAGAAAGAGAGAGAGAGAGAGAGAAUAAGGGAUUGAAUAGUAUUUUGAAGUAGGGUUUAAAGUUUGACAAUGAAUUGACUUCCAAUGCUAUAUACAAUAGAAUAAGACUCCAUAUUUAUAUAUUAGUACUUCAGAAAUUUAAAUGGAUUUUUUUUUAAAUAGAAAGAACUUAGGAAUCAUACACUUCAUACAUGUGAAACACAAGCAGUAACAAAAAUAAGUCUUGUCAUUUCAAAUUGUGCUAAAGGACCAUUCCUAUCAAAGAUGCACUGUAGAAGACCUUUCCUACAAGAUUAACACCAUGUUGUUUUGGAAGAUAGACCAGACGAAGUCUAGGUGGUAACCUCCAGUUUUCAUUCUGCAAUUCCUAUGGCUGGAAAAUAUAUCAUCAACUCAACAUUAUUUGUUGUUUUGUUCUCAAACUAAUUCUUAAUUGUUCAUGAUGAUUGCCAUUGCGUUUUCUUAAAUUCUUAGAAAGUUGACAGCCCUUUAAUUUUCUGUAAAUUUUUAAAACAUGGAUUUAUUCUGGCUUUUCAGGUUUCUUAAGACUUUCUUCCUGUUACAUUUGACACACUGAGGACC